AGGGAGUUAGCGGGGCAGAACUUUGUCGGGGAAGGGGGCUCUGUUACGGGGUUAGUCGAGGUUUGAAGGCUGUGUGGAGUGAUGUGCCGGAAGCCGGGAGGGUCAGGCCAAGGGUUCACUGCACCAGCUGAAUAUGGUGGCGCCACCGCCGCACGCGUCCGCCGGCCCGCGGGGAUCGCCUUGCUACACGGGCGCGCACACACGCACUACUCGCUGGAGACUCCGCGUCGGAUAAGGCGCGUCUCUGGGCCCGGCUCUCGCCGGUCCAGGAAGAGAAACUGGGCGGCGGGGCCAUUUUGGGAAGGAAAGAAGCCACGACCUUGACGCAGGAGAAGGCCGAGGGUGCGAUGAGGCCAGGAGAGAAGGCGCGGAGCGAGCUAAACCCGACGCCGCCGCGCCAGGAGGGCGGCCAACCCCGCGGGCCAGGGCGUAGCCCAGGGAAUGCGUGCCGGCCCGUCUAGUUAGUCGAAGAGCGCUUCCUGGAGGAGGAGGAGGAGGGCUUCGGUCCCCAGCCACCGGGAUGAAUGGAAAAGGCGGGGCUGUGGGCAGGCGUGGCCCCGCGGAGGCCCCUGGCCUAGGUGAGAAGGCGGGGACAGGCGGCGCACUUAAAGCGGACGCUGGGGAAGCCCUCCCGCGACCCGCUACGGUCGCGCAGCUCGGAGCGUCCGCGGUCCCAUCGAGCUGCUUCCCCAAGCUUUCCAGCCUCCAACCCCGCGACGCUCGGGUGGGCGCGCGCGGGCCCGAAGGAGCAGGGUUGACGCGGCUUGGCCAAGUCGCUGCGGGCGCCCACGGCAGCCCGCCCUCCGUAGAGCAGCCCUCCUGCGGGUGAGGGCGUGGGGCCGCGACGGGACCCCGCCCUCGGUGGCACUGCCUCCGCGCCGGGGCGGGGCGUCUGAGCGGCAUUAGGACCCAGGCGCCGCGAGGGGGUGUGUAGCCACCUCCCGCCCACCGCAGACUCCGAAGUUUGGGGUCCCGCAGCGCCCGAGUGCGCGUGAGAAGCCCGCGUGCGCGAGUGUGCCUGUGUUCAGCCGUCCGGCCUCCCGUCGCCUGGGCCAUGGCCAGGGCCACCAGACGCGUGUUCCAUCUCCAGCCGUGCGAACGCCCGUCCACCGCCAUGUCCGAGAAUGGAUACCUCGAAGAGUCAGAUGAGCCCCUGUCAGCUGGGACUCUAGGCUACUUCAAGUGUGACACAGAUGACACCUCUAAGACCUGUGAAGAGAAUCUGGGGGAUGAGGCCUUUGAUACUGUCAACUCCUCCAUCGUGUCUGGCGAGAGCAUCCGUUUUUUUGUCAACGUCAACCUCGAGGUGCAGCACGCCACGGCUGCUGAGGACGAAGUCACAUCCGGCGGCUGCGUGCUCCUCCACACCUCCCGCAAGUACCUGAAGUUAAAGAACUUCAGGGAGGAGAUCCGUGCGCACCGGGACCUGGACGGCUUCCUGGAGCAGGCCAGCAUCAUCCUGAACGAGACGGCCACCUCCCUGGACAAGGUGCUGCGGGCCAUGCUGAGCCGCUUCGCCAACGACCCCAACUACGUCGAGCCCGACUGCAGCCUGGACCUGCUCAUGGCCAUGCUCUUCACCGACCCCGAGGCGCCCAUGGAGGGGAAAGUCCAUCUUCUGUCAGACACCAUCCAAGGCGUCACCGCCACGGUCACGGGGGUGCAAUACCAACAGUCGUGGCUCUGCAUCUUGUGUACCAUGAAGGGCCUACAGAAGCGGCACGUGUGCAUUAGCCGCCUGGUUCGUGCACAGAACUGGGGGGAGAAUUCCUGUGAGGUUCGCUUUGUCAUCCUGGUGCUGGCCCCUCCCAAGAUGAAAAGCACCAAGACUGUGGUCGAAGUGGGGCGCACGUUUGCCACCAUGUUCUCGGAUAUCACCUUCCGUCAGAAGCUCCUGGAAACGCGCACCGAGGAAGAAUUCAAGGAGGCCUUGGUGCUGCAGAGGCAGCUGCUCACCAUGAGCCAGUGUCCGGUAGUUCCAAAAGUGAAGGAGUAUGGCGUGAUCUCCCACCACGACCUCAGACACCCACAGCCCCCGAAGUGCAAGGACUUCAUCCCUUUUGGGAAGGGGAUCCAGGAGGACAUUGGACGCAGGUUCCCUGUGUACCCACUGGACUUUACUGAUGGCAUCAUCGGGAAGAAAAAGGCCGUGGGAAAAUAUAUCACCACCACCUUGUUCCUCUACUUCGCCUGCCUCCUGCCCACGAUUGCUUUUGGGUCUCUCAACGACGAGAACACGGAUGGGGCCAUCGAUGUGCAGAAGACCAUAGUCGGGCAGAGCAUCGGAGGCCUCGUGUACGCGCUCUUCUCUGGCCAGCCGCUGGUGGUCCUGCUGACUACCGCGCCCCUGGCCCUCUACAUCCAGGUGAUCCACGUCAUCUGCGCGGACUACAACCUGGACUUUCACUCCUUCUACGCGUGGACAGGCCUGUGGAACAGCUUUUUCCUCGCGCUCUAUGCCUUCUUCAACCUCAGCCUGGUCAUGAGUCUCUUCAAGAGGUCAACGGAGGAGAUCAUCGCCCUGUUCAUCUCCAUCACGUUCGUGCUGGAUGCCGUCAAAGGCAUGGUUAAAAUCUUCUCCAAGUACUAUUAUGGGUAUCACUCUGAUGAGUACCACGCAAAAAGGCCUUCAUCUCCGGUGAGCCUGCUGGGCCUCGACCUCAGCCUCAACACUAGCCUCCACACUGCCCUCAACAGCAGCCUCAUAAGCCCGAUGGAGGCGGCAGUGGCAGCGGACAGCCACGGCGCUGUGCACUCUGGCCGGGCGACUGCGGUGCUCAGCCUCCUCAUCAUGCUGGGCACGCUCUGGCUGGGCUACACCCUCUACCAGUUCAGGAAGAGCCCCUACCUGCACCCCUACGUGCGCGAGAUCCUGUCCGAUUGUGCCCUGCCCAUCUCGGUGCUCACCUUCUCCCUCAUCAGCUCCUAUGGCUUCCGGGAGAUCAAGAUGAGCAAGUUCCGCUACAACCCCAGCGAAAGACUGUUUGAGGUCACGCAGAUGCACUUGCUGUCCCUGAGGGCCAUCGGCAGUGCCAUGGGCCUCGGCUUCCUGCUCUCUAUGCUCUUCUUCAUCGAGCAGAACCUGGUGGCUGCCUUGGUCAAUGCCCCGGAGAACAGGAUCGUGAACGUGAAGGAGACGCGGCUGACCUCGCUGGGCGCCAGCAUCCUGGUGGGCCUCUCCCUCCUGCUGCUGCCCGUCCCGCUGCAGUGGAUCCCCAAGCCCGUGCUCUACGGCCUCUUCCUCUACAUCGCACUCACCUCGCUCGAUGGCCACCAGCUCUUUGAGCGUGUGGCCCUGCUGCUCAAGGAGCAGACUUCAUACCCGCCCACACACUACAUCCGGAGGGUACCCCAGAGGAAGAUCCACUACUUCACAGGCUUGCAGGUCCUGCAGCUGCUGCUGCUCUGCGCCUUCGGCAUGAGCUCCCUGCCCUACAUGAAGAUGAUCUUCCCCCUCAUCAUGAUUGCCAUGAUCCCCAUCCGUUACAUCCUGCUGCCCCGAAUCAUUGAAGCCAAGUACUUAGAUGCCAUGGACGCUGUGCACUGACCUUGACUGGCAGGCCUUGGCCAUGCCCCGUUCACCGCCCUCCCCGUCCUCCCAGGCUGGCUCUGUGGUGUGGGAGGAAGGUGUGGGGGUCUGGGUGGUUGUUCAGGGCCGUGCCCUCACAGCUAUCCCAACAGACCCAGGGCGUCUGGGCCUUGUGGGGGUUUAGUGGUACGUGCACCUCCUCUUCCCAUUAGCCUUUAGCUUUGGGUCAGGAAGACUGCUCAGGGCAGCUUCCACCCAGGUUGGGACUAAGCAGGAUGGAUUUUUCUUUUGAUAAAAGAGUUGAUGCCUGAAAGAGAAACCAUUUCCUUGAUUGUGUAAGGAACUUGCUGUACGCACAUUAGAGAAUAAAGCUGUUUCUA